AUGCGGCCCUGGGGGACCGUUCAUCGGAACGGCAUAAGGAUCGGGUCGUCCGGAGGUCUGAGGAGCGACCCCACGAACUGCGGAUUCCCGAGCGUACCGCAGGGCGGCACGCUCCCGGCGAUACUGGUCCCGGUCCAAUACAGCGCGCUCGUAUGCGUCAGCCUGGAGACGAGGGUUGUUCCGCGUAGAGUCGAUCUCGCUCUACAAACGUUGCAGCGAGAGAGAGAGCGACGCGCGCUCCCCGCUGAAACGACGAGCCUCAUCGCUCCGCGCGAGGAACCAGUUCGCCAGUGUCGAGAGGAGACGACCCACUGUCCAAGCCUGGUUCCCGGUGUGCGCCAAAGCCUGAGCGAGGCCGAGCACAGAAGUGACGUCCUCCCUCUAAAGGGAGAGAUCCAGAGCCGCCACCCGAGUGGCAGCGGCGACGGAGGAGUCGUUCAGCGGAGGCAUGGGGGAGACUGUCCCCGACGGGACGUGUAA